CAAAAAUGGAUGCAAAUAGAGAAUAGAAAUAGAAGUAGAAGAAAUGCUUUAGAGAAAAGAGAGAAUUGAGAGAAAAGAGAGAUAAGAGAGAAAAAAGAGAAAAAUAGAGAAAAAGAAAUACUUUAAAAGAAGUUCAAAUGUUCUUUUCACCAAAAUCAGAAGAUAAAUAGAAAUAAAAAGAGAUUCUUAAGAAAAGACUAAAUAAAAAAAAUAAACAAAAAACUAACUUGAAAUAUUUAACGUAGAUAGAUUAUUUUUAGGCUACGUUGCUAGUGUGGAGUAGUUUUAUAAUAGACCUAUAAUAAAAAAUAAAAGUUUGAU